GAAUGCGGCGGGGAGCUAAAGCGCAUGCGCGGAGCCGAGGCACUCGCCUUUCCUCCCCUCUCGCUCUCCCUCUUCCCCCUGCUUCCUCUCCCAGCUCCCUUGUCUGCACAUGUGAGUCGUGCGACGAGGUUUGGCUGAGCCGGUUGUCUCGCUUGAAUGUGGUGAGACUCGAGAGAAGGGGGGGACGCGAGAACCAGAGGAUUAUUUUUCUACCUUCCCCAUUUUCGGUGUGCGAGAAAGAGUGUUGAAUGCGUCAACUCUCGUCGCCUGUGAUGCCUGCUAGUCUAUAUCCAGAGAUGGAGAAGCCCAGCGGGCUGGAGGAGCAGAGGGCUUUCCAAUUAGCCCUCGAAUUGUCCAUGCUGGGCCUGAGUAGCACAACGACGAGCAAUGGGAGCACGGAUGGAAGUUCCAGUUCUCCCGAUAACGACGGAUUGGGUUCCUCCAUCAUCCAGGAUGAAGCCCGAGCCAAGAAGAGCCAGAACAUGACGGAAUGUGUUCCUGUGCCUUCCUCAGAGCACGUGGCCGAGAUCGUCGGAAGGCAAGGUGACGUUUUGGUUGAAUCCGACGAGACUGAACCGGACGGACGGGAUCGGGAGACCCUGGGUGCGUCGAGCGUGGCAACGCGGGGCCAGACGGGUUUUGUUGCACCCGACGCACGUCACCGUUGCAGACCUGGUCCUACGUUGCCGCACUCCACUGUCAACAUAAAGCUCCGCAUGAAGCGGCGGUCCAAAUACAACAUUGAGUUUCAGUUCCCAGUCCACUUUGGCUGCAAGAUCAAGGCGCUGCGGGCAAAGACGAACACAUACAUCAAGACCCCUGUGCGGGGAGAAGAACCUGUGUUCGUGGUGACUGGUCGCCGGGAGGAUGUGACGGCGGCGAAGCGAGAGAUUCUUUCGGCUGCCGAGCACUUCUCAGCCAUCCGGGCCCAGCGAAAGGGCGGUCUCAAUGGUUGCGGGGGAAUCAUCCCGCCGGGUGGACCUGGCCAGGUCACCCUAUCCGUCAGGGUUCCCUAUCGAGUUGUCGGACUCGUCGUCGGUCCUAAGGGUGCCACCAUUAAGAGGAUCCAGCAACAGACUCAUACCUACAUCGUCACGCCUUCCCGGGACAAGGAACCAAUCUUUGAGGUGACAGGUAUGCCAGAGAACGUGGAGAUGGCGCGGAAGGAGAUCGAAUCUCACAUCGCAAUGCGAACGGGGGGGAUCUUUGAUCCGCACGAUCCCGAUGAUUUUGGUUCGCGACCACCGGGUCCAGUGGGACCAGUGGACGGGGAACUGGGUCUUAACCUGAAGAGUCUCAACUCGGACCCCUUCCAUCACCAUCCUUCCUCAUCCAUCCUUCCAUCCAAUGGUCUCAACAACGACCCUUCGGGACUCUACUACGGGAAGCCGUACACGAAUGGACACCACCAAUCCUAUCCCCUGUACAGCAACGGAGGCGACCACGGGAUGUGGAACGACAACAAGGUCUUGGGGAACUCUGCCUUCAACGGCGGUGGAACCAACAGCAUCAGCAGUGGGCUGCGAAGCAUCCUGGGAAACAUGGUGCGAAGCAGCAGUCUCGGAUCUCCGGGAACCACCACUCCACGCAUCAGCCCACCUCCGCAGCAGCUCCCUUUGGAUGUACACCGCCCCGCAAGGAGGAUCCAGUCUGAACCCCACGUGGGUCCGGUGGGUCUGUUCGGGGAUGGCGUGGGGACGCCGACCAGCGGGUCUUCGCCCUCCCCGCCGUCCCUGAGCUUGAAGAAGCGUGAGUGUAUGGUCUGCUUUGACUCGGAGAUCGUCGCCGCCUUGGUCCCUUGCGGCCACAAUCUUUUUUGCAUGGAAUGCGCUCAGCGAUUGUGUGAGACUCCGGACGGGUCCCCGGGACUCUGCCCCGCCUGCCACCAACCCGUUACUCAAGCCAUUCGAAUCUUCUCUUAGAGGGAACGGACAAAAAUGACAAAAAAUGGGAAAGACAACAAAAAAUACUCUUUCUCUAUUCGUUAGGGCAUUACAGCUUCGACACCAAAGCAGGGUGGCUGACAUAACAGAUACCAAUUUUUUCACUCUUCUUUUUUUGACCAAAUGUGUUCCAAGUCAUCACUUUUCUUCCAGUACCACCCUGGAAAAAAUUUUCUUCUCUUACUAUAAUCUAUCUGACUGACUUCUUUUCUUUUUCUAUCUUUUAUUCAUACUGGAUUGGAUUGUUUGCUCAUCGGGGGAUGGGGAAGGCCAAAGGGUUUCCAGGGUGGGAGAUUUUUUUCCGACCUCCAUUCUUGUGUGUCUUGACCAAUUGCGACUUUGUAGCUUGGGGCAAAAACCACGGCCUUCCCCUUUCCCCCUUUUUCAGGCUUUCAUGCACUGAGACCAGAAAUCUCAUUCGCCUAGCAAGACAAAUGAAUGAUAGGUAAAUUAUCGUAUAUAUUAUGAGAAUUUGAGAUAUGAGAAAAUAUCACCGCCAGGUUAUGCCUAAUAUUAUUGGACUACAUAUACCUCUUUACCCCCAUGAAGAAUGAGCACACAUCUCACGCAUUCUCGCGCUCUCUGCCGUAUUAUGUUUUUGUCCCCUGUGAUAGAAGGAGUUUUCCCGGGCAUUCCUCAGAUUUAUUCAGGCAGGAGAUAUGAACCAGAAAAAGGGGAAAAAUCCACCGGAGCGAAGAAAGCUUACGAUGAAACUCUUUCCUUUCCUCUGUUUUUCCAAACAUAUGCUUCACACACCCCAUUAUCAUCAAAUGUAAAUUUUUUUAUUUUUCGCUGAAAGAUGAGAGAUUAGUGUGUUUGUCAGAUAGAGUAUUUCCUUUAGUUUAUUUUUAUACUGCGUGUAUCGUCGAAUUGUAGGUGUGCUAUUUGACAAAGGUUUUUUUUUUCCCUCGAGGAUUCUUAGAUUUUUCUAUCUCCUGUGAUGUCUCUCUCCUCAAAAACAAAACCCGAGCACAAGUUGAAACACUCAUUCCUUCCUAGUUGAGUCGUCUCCUCUUUCGGUCUGUCUUCCACUCUUUAAGCUUGCAAAGAUUUUUUUUUUCCUUUCUUAUACCCGUACCAAAAAAAUUUUCUUCCAGAGUUUCAUUGGAAUAGACCCAGAGCUUCGGUGGGUCAUAUAUAUCUCGGUGUGAAACAAGAAAAUGCAAUAAUCCUCCACGCAUGCCUUUUUCUUCUCAAAACAAAAGAAACCACGUUUAUGCAGGCAGAUUUUUUGCGUGUAUUUUGCAUAAGCAAGAGAGUGCGUGUUUCCGUGUGUGUUCGGAGAAAUCCCUCGAUUACGCCUAUAAAACCUCGUUCUCGGGCAUUUUUUAUUAUUUAGUUGUGAUGUUUGUAGCAAAGACAGUCGAAAAAAAACUCCAAAAAAAAAGACUAGAGACGAAGUCCUUGAUGCCAAAGGAAGUGGAUUGGAUCCUUAAAAAUGGACAGGACAGGAGAGGGGGGGGGAGAACUGGUGAAUACUCAAGAAAUAAAAGCUCCACUGAUCUCUUUGUUUGCUCUCGCACAGACACAAAUAAGUCUCACCCAGUCAUAUCCAAAAAAUGGGAGAGAAUUUUCUUUUUUUCAAUUGGGGGAAAUAUAAACAUGCUCAGAACCGCCUCUAUAGUCAGUGCCAUGCAGACUUUUCCCUCUUUUGUGUAUAUACUAUAAUUAUUGGGGGAUUUGAGAGAGAGAGAGAACCCAGGCCUUAUAGAGAAAAGAGAAUCCCUAGUUAUCAUAAGACGUGAUACAAAAGAGAAUCUUUUUUUGUCCCUUGCAGUCAGUAUUCUUUUUUUCGGUGUAUCAGAUCGAGGAAGGAGUAUAAUUAUGAUAUGAUAUUGGAUAUUUGCAUGCACAAACCAGACUAUGUUUUUGCGCCCUCAAUAUUCAGUGAUGCCCCGGGGAAACCUGGCCCUUUUUUGACCUUGUUCUUCCUCUUGGGAUGUAGUCUCUUUCUCUCUCGUUCCCCGUUUACCUUGCUUCCUCAAAACAAGAGAGACGAAAGAAAAAAAAAAGAGGAGACAUAAUUUUGUACUUUUUUACAUUUUUAUAGAUUAUUCUGUCCCCCUCCUUGUCCCACCCCACACUCCCCCCUACAGUUGUGUGUUGAUUCAGUGUGAUGAUGAUGAUCUCGGGUUUCCCCGGGGCUCGUUCUUCGACAUUUUUCUCCUCUCCACUCCAAGGAAAUCCUGAAUGACAAAAUGUCCCUGCUAGAAGGAAAAAAUUUUAUUUUGCCAUUUUUUUGAUGGAUUCCAUCAUGCAUGACUCUUUUGUUUCCUGGAUUCCAAAAAUUUCGCUUUCGUAGUCUUGUUAGACUUGAGAGAUGAUGUUAGAUCUAAUUUUUUUUGUCUCCUUGGCAACUCUGUAUAUUUUUUCAAUAUUGCUUCAUUCAAGAAGAGAGAGACCACCAGAAGUAUUUUCAUUCUUUAUGUACCUUGGGAGUUUAGUACUUAAAUCAGAGAUUUUUUCCCCCUCCCCACACGUGUUUCAGAGAUACAUUGGAUAAAAAGAUGAGAGGAAAGAAAGUGUAUGCUAAUUUUUUUUGCCCCCAUGUUCCCUAAUAUUUUCAGACUUCAGAUUUGAUUUGCUAGAAUAAAGAUCUAAUCGGAAAAAA